UUUAGCCUGGAUGCAUAGCAUACGCCAUACGGAUUGAUCAGCCUAAAAAUUGGCCGCUCUACGUUGCUCCGAAUCCGACUCUUGUAAUCUACUCCGAGACCAACACGUACAUCUAGGCUGAUAUAAAUAUUGCCGGAGCAAGCGCUCUCAUUGUCGUACACUUCUACUCCUCAAACGUGCAGUUCCUUGCCUGCAAUCCAAUUUCGGCAGCACGUACGUACCCUGCCGGGAAUCGAUCAGGCUCACCUCUUUGUCGACCGCAGUUACAAGCCUGAUGGCGUCCAUUGUCGAGGACAUCAGCCACGACGGUGACUACAUGCAUCUGCCGUCCUUCGAGAAAGAGGACGCCGACGACUACACAGACCUGCCAUCUCAAGAAGAGGAAGAAGUGGAAGAGGAAGAGGAAGAAGAGGAACAAGAAGAAGAGGAGGAGCAAGAAGAAGAAGAGGAAGAGGAAGAAGAGGAGGAGCAAGAGGAAGACGGGCUCGAGAACAUUCGUCCGGAGCAAUUCCUGGCCUUUGUGCUGUCUAUGGACUUUGGCAGCUACAUACUCGCGGAUAUAAUAGAGGCGCAGGACGCUGCGGCGAGCACGUCCGACGCCACCCCAAGCAUCGGCGUCGCGGGUGCCUCAGAUGAUUCGGAGUUGGGCGAGGCGCUGGAGACGGUGGAGGCGCCGUCUGACGGUCGCGACUGUCCGAUCUGCUUGCAAGACGACGACACAGCGGCGUGGAAGGAGACCCCGUGCGGGCACCGGUUCCACGGACGGUGUGUCGAGAGGUGGCUGCAGGCGAAAGGGAGCUGCCCGAUGUGCCGGAGUCAGCUGGUGGCCACGAUUCCCACCGCCGCCGCCACAAGUACUGCUCCAGAGAUGGAGCAGUCAGUUUUCGUGGACUUCUAUGAUCGGGUUAUUGCCAGCUCCGCUCUCACGGAGGAGGAGUAGCUGCUUAAUUAGCUAGAGAAAGUGACGAUGCUGCUUACGAUGGUUUACUUGUAAUAGAAAGGACCUGAUAUAAUGAUAUCGACAUAGCCUUCCUUGUGUAAACAUCAGUAGUAAAAAAUGUGUAUAGCAGAUGCAUCUUUGCCGGUAACACAAGAUCGAUCUGGCAGUGAGUGCAGGGCUGGCACUACAUGUCACCGCUACUUCUGUGUGGCUGUUUUGCCAAGGGUACUAU